AAGUUUUAAUCAAAAGAUUUUUUCUUUUCGGUUCUUUUCAUUUCUUUUUUGAGAAUUGAGAUUUCCCUUUUAACCACUUCUUUCUUCUUCCUUCUUCUUACUCUAUAGUUAUCCAUAACUUAUAUAUACAUAUACAUCAUCAAAUUAAUCUAUCAUCAUGUCUUUAAAACGUAUCAACAAAGAAUUAGCUGAUUUAGGAAGAGAUCCACCAUCAUCAUGUUCCGCAGGUCCUGUUGGGGAUGAUUUAUAUCAUUGGCAAGCAUCUAUCAUGGGUCCACCAGAUUCUCCAUAUGCUGGAGGUGUGUUUUUCUUAUCUAUUCAUUUCCCUACUGAUUAUCCAUUCAAACCUCCAAAGAUUGCUUUCACUACUAAAAUCUAUCAUCCGAAUAUUAAUGGUAAUGGUAAUAUCUGUUUAGAUAUAUUAAAAGAUCAAUGGUCUCCAGCUCUAACUAUUUCUAAAGUAUUAUUAUCUAUCUGUUCUCUUUUAACAGAUGCAAAUCCAGAUGAUCCUUUGGUUCCUGAAAUUGCUCAUAUUUAUAAACAAGAUAGAGCCAAAUAUGAAGCAACUGCUAAAGAAUGGACAAAGAAAUAUGCAGUCUAGAUAGAUACAAUAAAUAGAACAUAAAUGAAUGGGAAUCUCAUGGUGGAAAAUAAUGAAACAAAGAAUUGAUUGAUUAUUAUGAUGAUUUAUACAUGUUUUUUUAUAUUUAUAUCAUAGACAUAUAUGUAUAGAUAGAUUAUUUUA